AUGAAAAAAAAAUACCAUCAGGAAAAACAAAAGACGAGGCAAAAUGGUAAUCAUAUCAAAACGGCCGAAGAAAAAACAAAAAAUCGUCUUGCAAUCCAAGCCUUCUUGGUGAAUCUCCCUUCAAUUGGAAUCGAUUUCCAGGUGUGUAAGGGAAUUGGUGGAGGUUUUAUGCAACAUGGUGGCUCACGUAUCUGGUUCAAACAAUGCUAG